AAAGUUAGGUUAGGUUUAUAACCUCUCUAGGUGAUAGAUUUUCUAAAUAUUUUUUACUAAAGAAGAAAGUGAAAGUUUCUAAUGGCUUUAAGCGCAAACUGUUUAAAACUAGAAAAGUUUUCUAGAUGCAUCAGAAGCCCACAAAGAAAUAGAUUUUAUUCUUCGCAAAACAACAAGAAAGGAAUUGUCCUUGGUGUAUACAAUGAAAAAUCCGAAAAUGAAAAUAAAUUGGUCCUUACGCCGGCUUCGGAAAAAUUCAACGAAUUGAGUCAGGGUAAACUGUUAUCGAAUUUGAAAUUUGUAGAAUCUGAAAUAAAAGAAGGCAAAUCUUUCGUAUUUUGGGGUCUCCAUGAGGACUAUCAGGCGGUAGCCAUCACAGGAUUAGGAGAGAAAAAUAAGAAAUUUAACCCUUUAGAGCUAAUUGAUUCGAAAAAAGAAACUAUACGCUUAGCAGCAGCAGCCGGAUGUGCAGCUUUAAAAAACGCUGGACUGAAAAAUAUAUCAGUUGAAAGUUUAGGAGAUGCAGAGGCUUCAGCUGAAGGCAGCAUUCUAGGAACCUGGAAGUUUCAAGAGUACAAAACGAAAAAAGAUGACAUUCCUCAAGUAAACAUAUGUUUAGAAAAUGCAACUGAGAAGGAUAAUUGGAACAGAGGUGUUAUCAAAGCAAAUGCUCAAAAUCUAGCUAGAAAGCUGGCAGAUACACCCUCGAAUCUGCUAACACCCACCAUUUUCAGCCAACAGAUUGCUGAAAUAUUGAGAUCAGAGAACAUAAAGAUAGAAGUCCAUGAUCAAGAAUGGGCUAAAAAAGAAGAGAUGAAUGCCUUUUUGUCAGUUUCCAAAGGUUCGGUUGAACCUCCAAAGUUUCUCGAAUUGACUUACAACAAAGGACAAAAUGAAAAACCAUAUGUUCUUGUAGGAAAAGGAGUAACUUUUGAUGCUGGUGGCAUCAGCAUCAAACCAUCAACUUCAAUGGACCAUAUGAGAGCUGAUAUGGGGGGAGCUGCUAGUGUAACUGCAACUCUCUAUGCCGUAGAUAAACUUCAAAUACCAGUUAACCUGAAAGUGUUGAUCCCUCUAGUCGAAAACAUGCCAUCUGGAAGCGCCAUAAAACCUGGAGACGUAAUCAAGGCCAAAAACGGAAAGACUAUUUGUGUAGACAACACUGACGCAGAAGGACGUUUGAUUUUAGCAGACGCGCUUUCUUACAGCUCCAAGUUCUCCCCAAAAUGGGUACUUGACAUUGCAACUUUAACUGGUGCCAUGAGUGUGGCUCUUGGAAGUGGGGCCACUGGAGUUUUCACAAAUUCAGAUCAUUUGUUCAACAUCCUUCAAACAGUCAGUUCAUCUACAGGAGACAGAGUUUGGAGGUUCCCCUUGUGGAAACAUUACCUGGAUCAGGUGGCUAAGAAUGACGCAUACGAUCUUAAUAACAUUGGAAAAGGACGAGGUGGCGGAAGCUGUACUGCAGCAGCAUUUCUUAAAGAAUUUGUGCCCGAAAAUACUGAAUGGUUACAUCUAGACAUGGCAGGUGUAAUGGGUCCUCAACCUGACUCAUCAAUGCCUUAUUUAGGUAAAGGGAUGACAGGAAGACCAACCAGGACGUUAAUUGAGUUCAUAGCAGCGCAGAAAAAAAUGUAAAAAAAAUUUGUACACAAUUUAUUUUGCUUAAAUAAACGAAGUUUUCAAAAUUUCA